UGGGUUCCAGCCCAGUCCCCAUGAAGCCCAAGUCCUCAUCGUCCCUUAGUAGUGGGGUUCAGUGCAGACAGGGGAAAACUUCUGGGCCACUGGGACCAUUCAGGUCGCCACCCCCACUGGAGAUUAUCUCCUAAGCAGAUACCCCCUUCUGAACUGGGGAUGUAGGGCUUUGAAACUAGAAAAUGCCAGGUCUGAAAGAGAGGAAAGAACAAGUCCCACAACACACAGAGCUCUGUGUAUUCAGAGGGAAGUUGGCAGGGUUGUGCUCGGGCAGAGAAACCCCGAGUGGUACAAAGAGACGUGCCCAGAGUGGAGAAAUCAUGCUAAUUGUCUGCGCCAGAGCUGGAGAACACCACCCAAAAUGAAGAGAGAAAAGGGAGCCCUCUCCAGAGCCUUCAGUGUCCUGCGCCUCGUUCCUUUUGUCUAUCUUCUUCUGAUCCAGACAGAACCCCUGCAGGGAGUGAACAUCACCAGCCCCGUGCGCCUGAUCCGUGGCACGGUGGGGAAGUCAGCACUGCUUUCCGUGCAGUACAGCAGCACCAGCAGCGACAAGCCUGUGGUGAAGUGGCAGCUGAAGCGGGACAAGCCAGUGACCGUGGUACAGUCCAUUGGCACAGAGGUCAUUGGCACCCUGAGGCCUGACUAUCGGGACCGCAUCCGCCUCUUCGAAAAUGGCUCCCUGCUUCUCAGCGACCUGCAGCUGGCUGAUGAAGGCACCUAUGAGGUCGAGAUCUCCAUCACCGAUGACACCUUCACUGGGGAGAAGACCAUCAACCUCACUGUAGAUGUGCCCAUUUCAAGGCCGCAGGUGUUAGUGGCUUCCACCACUGUGCUGGAGCUCAGCGAGGCCUUCACCCUGAACUGCUCGCACGACAAUGGCACCAAGCCCAGCUACACCUGGCUGAAGGAUGGCAAGCCCCUCCUCAAUGACUCGCGAAUGCUCCUGUCUCCCGACCAGAAGGUUCUCACCAUCACCCGUGUGCUCAUGGAGGACGACGACCUGUACAGCUGUGUGGUGGAGAACGCCAUCAGCCAGGGUCGCAGCCUGCCCAUUAAGAUCACCGUGUACAGAAGAAGCUCCCUCUACAUCAUCUUGUCCACAGGAGGCAUCUUCCUUCUUGUGACCUUGGUGACAGUCUGUGCCUGCUGGAAACCCUCCAAAAAGUCUGGGAAGAAGAGGAAGCUGGAAAAGCAAAACUCCCUAGAAUAUAUGGAUCAAAAUGAUGACAGCCUGAAACCAGAAGGUGAGCUCCCGGCUGCCCACUCACCCACCCCAUCGUCACUCAGAUCAGUCGGCUGCUGGGAAAAGGCAGAACUGGGCGACAAGGAAGCCAGCUCUGCAGGGCCCCUUCCUCCACCAACUGCACGAAGACUGCAGAGCAGGGAGAAGUGCGGCCAAGCAGACACCCUCCCACGAAGUGGAGAGCAGGAACGGAAGAAUCCCAUGGCACUGUAUCUCCUGAAGGACAAGGACGCCCCGGAGGCCGAGGAGGACCCCGCCCCGGAGCCCCGGAGCGCAACGGAGCCGGGCCCGCCCGGCUACUCCGUAUCGCCGGCCGUUCCCGGCCGCUCCCCCGGGCUGCCGGUGCGCUCUGCCCGCCGCUACCCCCGCUCGCCCGCGCGCUCCCCCGCACCCGGCCGGACCCACACGUCGCCGCCCCGAACCCCCGGCUCGCCGGGCCGCUCGCGCAUACUGAGGACUGCGGGCGCGCGCCUGAUCCGCGAGCAGGACGAGGCCAGCCCGGUGGGGAUCAGCGCCUGAGCCGCCCCGGGACCGGCCUUCCCGGGGGCGCCCGCGCGGUGCGGUGGGGGAGGUGGGGAGGUCCGAGUCGCCGCGAAACGGGGCGACGGGAGGUUCCCCGCCCGGGCGCACGGGGCGCACGAGUCUCGCCUACCGACGAGUAUGAGCAUGUGCAGAUGGGGGACGCAGCGGAGCGCGGGGGGGUUGAUCUGGGAGUGACACCGUGUCGCGUUUGCUCGCCAUUCAUUGGCUGUGUUCUGGGUGGGUAUGCGUUGUGCCCCCUUCGGACCGUCUAGAUUAUUAAAUUUCUGGCCCAGUCCCCCAAGGGUCUUACGGAAGCUAACAUCAGUAACCUAACUCCCGUGACUAUCCCUUGCCCUUCCUAGGGAGCUCCGGUGCUUCCCACCCACCUCUCUUCCCUCCGAACAAAUGCCUGGUUCCUGGGGCACUUUUUUUGGCAAGACCAAAUUAGAGAGGCCACUUACCCAAAACGCACAACUGUCCUUAAACUAAGGGGAUGUCAGAUGCCGGUUCCCGGGUAUACAGGGCGCUGUUCUGAGCAUCCUGAAAUCAUUGUGAAGGCAGUGCCAUGGGGCACCCUUCUCUGGGUACCUGGUACCUGGGUACCUACCCGUUGGUGAGGGAGGAGCUUUUGCCCCCUGACCUGGGCCCUAGCAAGGACAGAAAGUUCAAGCCCCAGUGCUUAGCCUCCUCCCAAAGCCUCCCUCAGUGGCAUAUCGAGCGUUCUUUCUGUCUUUGUGCCUGCAGAGAAGGGGAGUCUCACUCACUCCCCUAGCCCAGAAAGCUAGAUCAAGUGAAGCACUG